CCACUCGUCCUGAACACGGCAAAUGUAAACCGAGAGACAGCUAGCGAGCUGUGGUUUCACCAUUUCCUCGCCUACAUGCCCUUUUCGAUCACGCAGUUUUGGCUUUGUCUUAUGUGCGGCAUGUUUUGCUUUUCUAAAUAAGCUAUUCCUUCCAACAAUGCCGGCUCUGAGAGUUAAAGCGUCUGUGGUGGGUCUGGACUGAUAGCCGAUAGGAAUUCAAGUGAACGACCCCCCCUCUUCAUUCUAGCCUAAGCUUUGUAGUUACCGACACGUAUGAAAGAAACUCUCGAGGAAAUAAACAGACUGGUCCUUUUCUUGGGUUGUUCUAUUUCUGCUGAAUUUGGGGUAGAAGAAAAAAUCUUGAUUGGUAGAACUGAAUAUCUGAGUGGGAAUGUUUUGGUGAAAGAAAUCUACCAAUAAGUUUGUUUCUUUCGAUGCUUACGGAUCUUACGGUAACUUGGGAAUUGGGAUUUGCCGUUUCAGGUAAGCUAGGAUAUAUGAACAGUGGGGCUGGGAGAUAAAAAAAAAGAGAUGAAAAUUUGAGUUGGGUUGUCCUUAUAAUUCUGGAAGAGUUGAGAAAGUUCUAUCAUCAAUCGGAAUUCGGAGCUUCAAAUCAAAGAGAACUCAGAAAAGGGAUUUGGGUCUUCUAUGCUGGUGUUCAUUUACUGAUUUCUUGGUGUAUGUUGAUUUUGCCGUGAAGAAGAUGGUGGGAAACAUUGAGACAAUGGGUGGCAAUUUAUACUCAAACGGGUCUAUUCAGAACGGUAAUGGCUUGGAAGAGAAGCUUGAUGAGUUUCGCCGCCUUCUUGGCAAGGCUGAUGGCGAUCCAUUGAGGAUUGUUGGUGUUGGGGCAGGUGCUUGGGGGAGUGUUUUUGCGGCAUUGCUUCAAGAUAAUUAUGGUCAAUAUAGAGAGAAGGUACAAAUCAGGAUAUGGAGAAGGCCUGGAAGAGCUGUCGACAGAGCCACAGCUGAACAUCUUUUUGAAGUGAUCAAUUCGAGGGAGGAUGUAUUGAGGAGGUUGAUCCGGCGGUGUGCAUAUUUGAAGUAUGUCGAGGCGAGGCUAGGUGAUCGGACUCUGUAUGCGGAUGAGAUUUUGAAAGAUGGGUUUUGCUUGAACAUGAUUGAUACACCACUUUGUCCUUUGAAGGUUGUGACUAAUCUGCAGGAGGCUGUUUGGGAUGCCGAUAUUGUGGUGAAUGGCUUGCCUUCCACUGAAACUCGUGAGGUGUUUGAAGAGAUUAGUAAUUAUUGGAAGGAGAGAAUCACGGUGCCUAUCAUCAUCUCUUUGGCAAAGGGAAUAGAGGCUGCAUUGGAUCCUGUUCCCCACAUAAUAACUCCCACGCAAAUGAUUAAACGGGCAAUUGGAAUACCUAUGGAGAAUAUACUUUAUCUUGGUGGGCCAAAUAUUGCGUCAGAAAUUUACCAUAAGGAAUAUGCUAAUGCUCGAAUUUGUGGAGCUGAGAAGUGGAGGAAACCUCUUGCAAAAUUUUUAAGGCAACCCCAUUUUACUGUAUGGGAUAACAGUGAUCUUGUCACACAUGAAGUCAUGGGUGGCCUGAAGAACGUUUAUGCCAUUGGAGCUGGAAUGGUGGCGGCCCUUACCAAUGAGAGUGCUACCAGCAAAUCAGUAUAUUUUGCACAUUGUACGUCAGAGAUGAUAUUUAUUACCCAUUUGUUGGCUGAAGAACCCGAGAAGCUUGCAGGGCCUUUGCUGGCUGACACUUAUGUGACCUUGUUAAAAGGCCGUAAUGCAUGGUAUGGCCAGAUGUUAGCCAAGGGUGAACUAAACCUGGAUAUGGGUGAUAGUAUCAGUGGCAAAGGAAUGAUUCAGGGUGUCUCUGCAGUGGAGGCAUUUUAUGAACUUCUGAGUCAGUCUAGCCUAAAUGUACUGCAUCCUGAAGCGAACAAGCCUGUAGCUCCUGUAGAGCUUUGCCCUAUCUUAAAGACACUAUAUAAAAUACUGAUCGCAAGGGAACAGUCAUCACAAGCUAUUCUACAAGCACUGAGGGAUGAGAACUUGAAUGAUCCCCGGGAGCGAAUUGAGAUUGCACAAACUCAUGCUUUCUACAAGCCUUUACUUCUUGGACGGCACUGAUUUUUUUAUUUUUUUUAUUUUAUUUUCAUAUGGAAAGAAAGUUAUGACAUAAAUCUAAAAAGCAUUAAGUUAUAUGAAUACAAGGUGAGCAGAAGCAUAUUAUGGGUACUGUAAUACAUUCUGUAUUGAUUCAAUUUCCUUAUAUAUUAGAGUAAUUGGAUUUA